ACUCGAAUAUUUUACCAGACCAGCUUCAGUCUGCUGCGGGCCGGCACACCUGAAAAUUCGCGACUUCAAACGAGAUGCUGAUUGAGAUCGUACUGGUGGGAGCGCUGCUCUAUUUGGCGGUGCGCUUCUUCAUCACCCGGAAGGAGCUGAAGCGCGUGGCCGCGUACUUUGGCGGUCCAAAGCCCCAUCCGGUGCUGGGGAAUGUGUUGGAGUUUGCCAAUAAGGAUUUGCCGGAUAUCUUUGCAACCAUGGUAGGGUUCCACAAAUUGUACGGACAGGAUCUUGUGACCUGGAGCUUAUUAAACCUAAACCAGAUCAGCGUAACUAGCGCGGUAAACGUGGAGAAGAUACUGAUGGCCAAGAAGACGCAAAAGUCCUUCUUGUACUCGUUUGUGGAGCCUUGGUUGGGCCAGGGUCUACUCAUCUCCAGCGGGGAGAAGUGGUUCCAGCGGCGGAAGAUAAUCACACCGACGUUCCAUUUCAAGAUUCUGGAACAGUUUGCGGCGGUUUUCAACAAGGAGACGGACAUUAUGGUUCAAAAUCUGAGGAAACACGUGAACGGGAAGGAGUUUGAUAUGUACGAGUACGUGACUUUGAUGGCGUUGGAUAGCAUCUGUGAAACUUCGAUGGGAACCUGCGUCAACGCGCAGAAUAAUCCCCUGAACCGAUACGUGCAGAAUGUGAAGCGCAUGUCGAUAUUGGUCAUACUACGUACGGUUAGUCCCCUUGCAGGAUUCCCACUUCUGUACAACAUUCUGCAUCCUGCCGCCUGGGAACAACGCGGGAUCCUCAAGGAGUUGCAUCACUUCACGGACUCCAUCAUUAAAUCUCGUCGGAAGCAGUUAUCCCAAGAAAAGCAUGAACAGGUCGAUUUCAACAUGAACGAAGAAAAUCUAUACUCGAAGCGUCGAAUGACGUUCCUGGACCUGUUGCUGAAUGUAACCGUCGAGGGUAAACCGUUGUCCGAUCUGGACAUUCGGGAGGAGGUCGAUACGUUCAUGUUCGAGGGUCACGAUACCACCACCAGUGGAAUCUCGUUUACAAUCUUUCAGCUGGCAAAUCAUCCAGAUGUGCAGGAACGAGUGUACGACGAAAUUGUGUCAAUCUUGGGCAAAGAUUCGACAAAUAAAGAAUUGACUUUCCAGAUGCUUCAGGAUUUCCGCUACUUGGAAUCGGUGAUCAAAGAGGCAAUGAGACUGUUUCCACCGGUUCCGUUCAUUGGUCGCAAGCUUGUAGAUGAUAUCGAAAUGAAUGGAACAACCAUUAAGGCCGGCCAGGACUUCCUGGUGCCCAUCUACGCGAUCCAUCGCAAUCCCGAGGUUUACCCCGACCCGGAGCGGUUCGAUCCGGAACGCUUCUCGGACACAGCCGAGUCCCGACGGGGUCCGUACGAUUACAUUCCGUUCAGCGCUGGUUCACGAAACUGCAUUGGCCAGCGGUACGCCAUGAUGGAGAUGAAAACCACGCUGAUAAAGCUAAUUCACAACUACAAGAUUCUUCCCGGAGAAUCGCUCCGGGAGUUGCGGGUCAAAACGGAUCUGGUUCUACGACCGGAUCGGGGAAUUCCGGUGAAGAUUGUGGCGCGAAAUUAAUAAA